AUGAACCUUCUCAUGAUCAUCCUCAUCGUUGCCUCUAUCUUGGCCUUCGCUUUGGCACGACCACAGUACCCCGACUACAAAGGUGAUUUUCAACUUCUACUCUCCUCACUAUGACUGAAAUCGAUCUGGAAAAUGUUCUAACUGAGUCCUUCUGCAGAUAUCGAUGACGAACGCUUCCAUGACGAACGCUACGACGACGAUGGCACUGGCGUCGUCGUCGACAAAGUCUACGCGACUCCACGUCCCAACAAGCACGGUCACCACCACCAUCAUCAUCACAAGAAGUACCUGAAGACGAACCGACUCGAGCGUCUCAAGCGCUUCUUGCGCCUCUGAAUCCACCGCCACGUCUUCUGAUUGCUGACGACGUCGCCGCAACGGUGCCGGGUGACACCGCCCUCGCCGCUUUCGUGUCCUUGGUAGCCGAUCAUCAUCAUCGUCACCUUUACCGAAGACCUUUUAUUAUUCGUUGUGUUAUAUUUUCCUUCAGCUGUUCUUCUGACCUUUCUGGCUUAGCCCUUUUUUCCUUCUUCGGCUCUUCCUUAACUUUGACGGGCCUAUAAGGCGCUACCGUCAACUUCCCGAUACUUUCAAAAUCCUACGACACCCAAGCUUUCUGGUAACGAUACUUUCAUUGUUGAAUUAGGGCCUGCCCAACUCUCUCUCAUAAUGUCUUUCGCUAGAAAUCUCUUCUCCAUCUCCAUUGACUCAAAAAACUCCUUAGAAGCUUCGCAAGUGCAAUUUCAAGUGCCCGAAAAGCUUAAAAAUGGAUCUCGAACCCAUCCUUGUCAUUACAUUCUCACGAGUUUUGCCAAAGCGCAGAUGCCACUAUGUUCAGAAACUACCCGAUUAUUUUUCCCACUUUUAUUCAGCAUUUGCGCGCUGACGAACUCUUCAGAUCCGGUUUGACCGAUAGAGCUCCGUUGAGCCUAGCUCGAAUUGUCCUCCAUAGAACCGACUAG